GUUUUUCAACAGUUUUAGUCGAAGAAAAGGUUUCAGACUUCUUGGCAAUGACAAGUGUAUUAUAAUUUUACAGUUCGUCCCAGUGCUCUUGCCAAGGCUUUGUUGAAGGAAAUGAUUGUUUAACUAGGGACCGUGGUGCCCAUAUAGCCAUAUCUAAUUCGAAUUAGGCCACGUCCAAUUAAUCCAGUUCUUGGCCUUAUAAAAACGUUUUUACACAUGUGUUUCCUUGUUACUGUAAAAUACUUUUAGAAAUGAAAGUUCUUUUUAAAAUAUUCCUCCUUGUAGUUGUAAUAAACGUUUUCACAGCCGAAGGGCACAGAAAUAAAGUGAAAAGUCGUAAUUCACUGGAUGACCACCAACAGCAUCAUCCAAGUCGUCAUCAUGGACACAAUCAGCUUGCACAACGCAAGAGAUUAUUCAAGCAGCAUCUCAUAAAAAGAAGGAAUGAUCCAAUACAAAAUAACUAUGAUUUGCAAAACUUCGAACGUGGGUUAUUUUCAUGGGCUGCAAAGGCAGUUAAAGCAGUAGUGGGUUGGUUUAAACCAAGUCCGAAGCCCAGCCCGCCAUCCAGACCCCCACCGCCCAAGCCCCCGCCACCCACGUCCCCGCCACCCACGUCCCCACCACCCACGUCCCCGCCACCCACGCCCCCGCCACCCACGCCCCCACCGCCGAAACCGAAACCAACAACGAUGCCACCGAAACCAACAACGAAGCCACCGAAACCAACAACGAAGCCACCGAAAACAACGAAGCCACCGGAAUUCGACAGCCAAAGGGCACAGAACUACAGUGAAAAGUCGUAAUUCACGAGAUGAUCACCAAGAGCAUCAUCCGAGUCGUCAUCAUGGACACAAUCAGCUUGCACAACGGCAACCCGAGAAUUCAUCCGAGCAACAUCUAUUUAAAAGUAGCAAUGGUCCAAUACAGAAUAAGUAUUCUAUGCAAAAUGAGCAACAUCGGCUUUUUGGAGUUUUAAGUGCAGCUAGGAGAAAAAUUUUUAAAUUGAUUAGACCCAAGCCAAAGCUCUUUCGACGGCCGAGGCCACAUCGAAGACCAAGGCCACGGCCAAGGCCACAUCGAAGACCAAGGCCACAUCGAAGACCAAGGCCACAUCGAAGACCAAGGCCACAUCGAAGACCAAGGCCACAUCGAAGACCAAAGCCAAGGCCACCCAGACCCCCACCAUUCAGACCGACGACAAAGAAACCCAAACUCGAUAGUUCUUUGACAUUGAACGGCGAAAUAUCCGUAGAUAUAAACCCAACAGUAUUUUCGACAACAUCCACUGAACCUGAAUCUUCUGAGGCGUCGGCAGAUCCUUAUUAUACAGAAGAAACUGAUUCGAUGUCUACAGAAGAGAUUGAUUCGAUGUCUACAGAAGAGAUUGAUUCGAUGUCUACAGAAGAAAUUGAUUCGAUGUCUACAGAAGAAAUUGAUUCGAUGUCUACAGAAGAAAUUGAUUCGAUGGCUACAGAAGAAAUUGAUUCUAAUUCUAAAGAAGAUACAUAGUAUUGCUUUAAGUUUCGGAUUAUAAAACACAAAUUUAAAAAAUUGAUGCGAACCUAAAGAGACGGCCGGAAAAAGAUGACUGCAUAACCCCCUUUGAUUUAGAUAUGGCAAGAAUAAUAUUGGUUAUAAUGGCAGCUACAAAAGGCAAAUCGUGUGAGUUCAAACCUUGAAAAUAUCCUGUUUGCCACCUAUAAUAAAAUUCGUAUCUAAAAAUUUUGGUUAACCAUGGAGCUAUCGUACCUGUUACCUGUUUGUUACCUAUUUUGGUAUAACACUGAAAGUUUGCCGAAUCCUGAGCAAGAAUAAAUCAUAAAUAUGUUGGGCAGUGCAGUUGCCUUUAUGGGAGACUCUGCAGUGUGUUACAAUAUACCUUUGAAUAAAUAAAACUGAUCACCACAUUCGAAAAAGUA